UAAAACUUGUAAAAAGAGAAUCGCAACCAGUUUAAAUAAUAAACAACAUGGCGGCGAGGUAAGGUGUUUGCGUUUUGAAAAUCAGUCGCUUCUAAUUCAAUAGUUUCCGAACAAAUGAGGCACCAAUUGAGUAGAGACACAUCCAAGUGGACACGAGGAAGCCCCGAGAUUCGUCGGACAAACUCGAGGGACAGAAUGAGCCCUGGAAAUGAUCGGUAUGAAGGUAGGGGAGGUAACAAAGCAGGUCGGUCCCGCAGUUUAGAAAAGGAAGAGCGAGGCAGAGUUGGUCGGGAUAGCAAGCGCUCCAGUCGCGGUGACCAUGAGCGUGAUGGAGGCGGUGGCGGCAGGGAGCCGUACGGUGGUGGGGGCGGCGACCAUCGGUACAAUACUUAUGAAAAACAUGACAAAGAACCCAAAUACUCUAGCUUACGAGUCAGUAAUUUCCCAUCACAUGUUUCUGAUAUGGCAAUCAAAGAUGCCCUUUUUCAUGAAUUCAAAAAAUUUGGGGAGGUGAACGUGCGGGUGGCGUACAGUGGGGAUGAGAGAUUUGCCUUUGUAAAUUAUCGCUCUUCUGAUCUGGCACGGGAUGCGAAACAAGCCAAAGGAGACAGGUUAACGCUUUUUGGUAAGCCAUUGCGAAUUGAUAGUGUGUAUAAACGGAGGAGUAUUUCCCCAGACCAAGGUUUUUCUGGACGACAAGGCCAGGAGCCCAUGGGUGGAAGACGCCAGCAACGUAACAUGGGUCGUGAUGGUCCUGGAGGAGGCAGGGAUAGAGAUCAGGGUUAUGACAACAGAAGAGCGUAUGGCGGUAGUGGUGGUGGCGAUGGCUACCAAUCUAGGGAACGUGACCGUGAUCGUGAUUUGUUGCUUCUCCCUGAGGAUGAUCCCAAAGCGACGCGCACUGUUUUUGUAGGAAACUUAGAGGAAGGAAUCCAGGAUAAUGAGCUUAGGAAUGCGUUUGAGCGCUAUGGCAUUGUUGAGGAUGUGGAUAUAAAAUAUCCACCACGCGGCCAGGGUAAUCCAUUUGCAUUUGUUAGGUUUUUAAAUCUAGACAUGGCUCACAAAGCUAUGGUUUCUAUGUCCGGCCAGUACAUUGGCAGGAACCAGGCUAAAACAGGUUAUGGCAAGCUAUCUCCAACAACACGAUUGUGGGUGGGAGGUCUAGGGCCUUGGGUUUCUCUCGGCGUUCUUGAACAUGAGUUUGAUCGCUUUGGAGCGAUUCGCAAAAUUGAUUACAUCAAAGGAGACGACUAUGCCUACAUUCAGUACGAAACCUUGGAAGCAGCUCAAGCCGCAGCAUCAAACAUGAGAGGGUUUCCUCUGGGAGGACCAAAUCGUCGCCUCCGUGUUGAUUUUGCAGACCCCGAUACUGGAAACCGUCCAUAUUCCAUACAUUCACCACCAAGAAAGCCAGUGAGAGAUGAUGCGAUGGGCAGUUACAAUAAUCGCUAUAAUAACCAGGAACGUGAAUUUCGUCGUGAUAACUCACCGCCCCAGCAGUACCGUGAUGGAGGACGUAAUGAUCAGUGGCAAGGACCGGAUGGAGGGGGAUUCCGUGGAGAUUUUAAUCGUCGUGGUGGCAGCUGGCAAGGUGACGACAGUCGUGGUGAUGCCGAUUGGAACCGCAGAAACUCAGAUGGAGGAGGGAAGCAGUUUAACAACCCUCGUGGACAGGACAACCGUCGCAAGCGCCAGGCAUCCCCUGGUAAUGAUUUCGUAAGAGACCGUCCAUCUGAUAGAGGGAGACCGUUUAAAAAGCGCAGAUCCCCGGAGGGUGGUGCUGCCGGUGGAGAAAGGAGAUUUGAUGGAAGUUUUGACUCGCCAGAGAGAGCCGGAAUGGGCAAUGCAGAUGUCCCUGAAUUUCAUGGUAGGAAACGGUACGCUGAUGAUGGCGAGAGGCGUGAUGGCGACGGAUAUCGCAAUGACAGGAGGACAUCUGACCGGGGCUACCAAGUAAAACAGGAAGGAAGGAGGACCGAAAAGUACAACAGCCUGAUUGAUCUUGUGAAAUUUCUGCCACAAAGCUGGCAGAACUACAUUGUGUUGAAAAAUAGUGCCUUCUCCACUUGCAUGUAUUUUAUCGGAGGAGAUGUGUCUGUUGCCGAGAGUUUGUUGCCAGCGAGCGGCACUGCUGAUGAGUCGCCACUUCGGAUAACGCAACGCUUACGCCUGGACCAGCCAAAGCUGGAUGAAGUGGGCAAGAGGAUUUCCGAUGCCGGAUCUGGAGGUCACUGUUUGUUGCUGGCCCUGCCCGGCCCUGCCCAGGAGAGCACGCCUGCCGGCACUCAGUCGCGUCCCCUGCGCAAUCUUGUGACGUACUUGCAACAAAAGCAAGCUGCCGGAAUCAUCAGUUUGCCUGUGUCGACUGGAUCGGAGGACUACGGUGUUCUGCACGCUUUUCCACCUUGUGAGUUCUCGCAGAAGCAGCUUCUGCGCUACGUUCCCGGACUAAGUUCCGAAGCUACUAGUGAGGAUCACUUGGCUGUGGUUAUCGUCCGUGGUGCCGCUUAGUACUACAUUUUAACCUAAUGUCACCCACAAUAAAAAGAGAGAAACAACCGUUGGUGAUAGCUUGCUGUAACUUAAAUGGGGUCUGCGUUAACUGUAAUUUUUAUGUGUUUUUAAUGUUUUCCUGUUAUAUUUGCAUCAUGUAAUUUUGUUUUGUGUGUGCAAAUUAGUUAAAAGUAGUUGAAAUUUUGUCUAUACCUCAGCUGGUAAAUGCUGUUUAAUUUUUGAUGCGCCACCAAUCAAAUGAUUGAACAUCAAUUUAAUUUGAAUCUUUCAAACUUACUGUAUGCACAGUUAGCAAUUUUUAGAAUUGUGCUGUUAUGUGGAAGUUGCAAAGGUACAAGAUUGUACAAUAACUAGUUUUAGUACAAUUUCGAUCAUCAUUCAGUGUAGGUAGUUUAUAUUAGUAUGUAAAAAGCUGCAUAUUGUUUAGAAAUGUUUGUGCGUGAAAGAGAAACAAAAAGAAAUACAGUAAGAAAACAUUUCAUACUUGAUGAACAAUGCAUUUUCGUUGGAAGUGAUAUGAGAAUCAAAAAAUAAAUUAUGAACUCAAUUUACCUAAAUUCAACUUUAAGUUAGGGUCAUACACUUUGUUAAUAAUUCAGGGAAAAAAAGCAUACUGCGAAAGGAUUUUGCCUAAAGUGCCCCUGUUGGUAAGAAAUAAACAACAAAAUUCAAAGACUGUCAAAAAAUUUGAAUUUCCAAAGACCUAUAGGAGGUGUCUUUUGGCGAUUCAAAUUUCCAUGGUGAUGGUUUUGGGAUGCUCUAGCCAGAGAUGCGGUUGGAACUUGCUGUCACCUCACUUAACGUGAAUGGAUUUGACGUCACACGUGCAUGAUGAAAAUACAGUCAAAGUGUUUUGCUGUUUAUCUAAACAAGUAUGUACUAAAUUCUGGUGUCUAUCAUAGGUUUUUAUUUAUUAUUUCUUUUUGGCAAAAACUGAGCCUAACUUUGAAAAAAACAAAUACAAUGAUCCUAC